AUGCUCACAUGUUUCAAAAACUAUGGUUUGGACAUGCUACCGGCAUGGCGGGAUGGCUUUACAGCCGCGUUUGUGGACAGAAGUGACAAAUUGAAUAGCAAAGUGAAAACAAUCACGCUAAACGUGAUUGAGGAAUGGUACAUGAAAUAUGUGAGUGGAAGCAUUACGCGUGGCUUGCAAGAUAAGAUACCAAAAGAGUUGCAUGCUACGACUUUUACGCACUUUGGACGUUGCGACGAGUUCCGGACUGUCAUGGCGCUCGAUAAUAGUUUUGUGGGCUAUGCACAUUUAGUGGAUAGUAAAGGACGAGUUCGUUGGAUUGCCGGGGGCCCAGCAACGACGGUGGAAUUAGAUAGAUUAGCCAAAGUGACGAAACAGUUAUUGGAGCAGAGCAGUCAAUCACGUGCUCGUUAA